UUCUAUAUAUAUAGAUAUAUACAUGUGAAUCGUGAAUGAAUGUGAAAUCUGUUGUGAUAUAAAUCUGGGUAGAUGUUAAAAAAUAGAAUAUACAUUUUUUGUAGUAGAUUUUGUAGAUUGGAGUGGAGAAGCUUGAGAAGUUGUACUGGGCGAACGCGAAUCGAGCGAGUGCGGCCAUUGGAAGCUAUUGAAAUACAAAUACAUAAGUGUGAAUGUAGCUGACAAUUGAAAACUUUUUGAAUAAUUAAAUAAAACACUUAUAACUAUAUAUAUGUAAUACCAAUAAGUUGGAUAGAGAAGUACUUAUUCAUGUAGUUGGGAAAGAAGAGCAAGAUAAAAGACGUUAUGGAUGAUGGCAGUUGGAUGGAAUGGAGAAUGGAGUAGUUUUGAAGAGCCAGGACCGUGAAGAGCACAGUUGAAGUUGAGAGAGUUGUUGUCAACCGUGGUGGUCAUCGGUAUCGUGUUCAAACUAUAUACAUAAAGUUAAUAUAUAUAUUUAUUUAUUCAUAUGUAUUUUAAUCAGUAUACAUAUUAUUAUAUAUAUAAAGUGCUUAAAUAUUCAGGAUCUUAAGGUAGAGUCGUUGUAAAAAAUAAUUUAAUUUGAUAAUGAUGACGCGAUGUCAAAUAUAUCAAGACGCGAGUGUACAUCCCCAGUUUAUUCGACUUUAAUUAUAUGUUAUUGUUAUUAUAUAUAUCAUUUAUAUAAUAUCUUUAUAUAUUUUUUAAUAUUUUUGUGAGUGUAUUUUUUAUUAUUUCAUUUUAUAUUUUUAUGUGUGAUCUUAUAAAAAAUGUUGAGUGAAAAUCAAGAUUAUUUUAAUAACCAAUGAUGUACUAUGUUCCGGUUCGGGUAUUUUUUAUAUAUAGAUAUAUAUUUUUAUAUAUUUGUUUUUUCUUUUUUUUUUAUAAUACUUACUUCCUCGAUCUUCGAUGACACUUUAAUAAAAUAUACUAAAAUAAAAUUUAGCACGUGCUAGAUUUUCUAUUUUUAUAAAAAAUAAUUAAAAGUUAUUUACAUAGCAAUAAAAAAAUAAUAAUAGUAAUAAUCCGUUCUAUAUAAAUUAAUAAAAAUGUGAUAUUUUGUAAAAAGAAAAAAAAAUUAAAUGAAAAUGAAUAGCGGAAAAGUAUUAUAUCACCUAUUAACAAGUAUUGGCAUAAAUAGUCUGAGAUUAUUUUUUUAAUUUAUAAAUCAAAUAAAUAUACAUGUAUAUGUAUAUAUUAGAGAGUACAAGUAGCGUGAGCAGAGGUAAUAUAGUCAAUAGAGAAUAAGAGUGAAUAAAAAAAUAAUUUAGAACAUAAGAGGAGAGCUAGAUCUGUAAAGAGAUAGUUAUAAUAAUCAUUCAGAUGCUGCUGAUAAUGAUGAUGAUGACGAUAAUGAUAAUUGUUACUAAUGUCUAUUGGAUUGUGAGCUAAAGCUUAAUAGUAAUCGCCGUUUUGAUCGUUCUAAUUGAUCACAAGUAGUUAGGUUAUUGUUGAAAAAAAGAAAAAAAAAAGAGGAAGAAGAUGCCAUUUGUUGUUCGUAAAAUAGAGCCACGGUACAUUGGACGUGGGCACGUACCACAAGACAAUUCUUGCGUGGAAAUAUGGCCUGUUGGUGCCGAGCUUGAAGCAAUUAUAAAUGGUGCCCUUGCGUGCACUCUUAAACAACUGGCUUCGUUGUUAACAAAUGCACAAGAUAUAUUUCAAGGGCUCAACGAUGAAUUGAGUGAUGUUGCCAAUAGAAGUGGAAUUUUACGCCAAAGAAUUCAUCGACUCGAUGAUCAAUUGUCUAGUAUUGACCCGAAAAAAAUACCUGUUCCGGAAUCGGAUAUUAGCAGUUUUGCAUCAAGAACUGAACACUUUAAAUCAUUACAAAAACCAACUACAUGUCUUUUUGCUGAAGCAACAAGACCCAGAGCAUUAAAACAGUUAUAUGAACAAGCUAGCGUAAUUGCCGUACGUAAUUUAGAUUAUUUGAGAAGAAAGAGAGAUGAAAAUGAUGCUAGUGCAAUUGAAAUGUUUUUGUGUACUCCAAUUCUUGGAAAAAGACGACGAGAUCAAAGUUUGGACAUUGAAUCUCGAGUUCCGGCAAUAUUUGAUGAUUUACGAAGAUGGACAUCAAGUGAAGCGCUUGGAGAUAUAACAGUUCCACCAGACUGUAUGUCAAGAAUCAUUCAAGCUAAUGAAAAUGAUUUUAGUAGUGAUGAUGCCGUUGAUCAUAAACUGCCGAGUCCUGAAGAACAAGUUCAAGUUAUUGCACUAAAAUUCCCGGCAGAAUUAGUAGCUGUUGAUAUAAGUGGUAAAGGCUUUGCUCGUAUGUCAAUGCGAAAAAAAUUAAUAACGUCGGAAUUAAAUCCGAUAAAUGAUAAUAUUGUAAAACGUCGAUCAAAAGUUCGGCGUAAUGGUGGUAGAUCAAAAAAUAAACGUCGUAAUACAAUUGCUGGAACAGAUGGAAAAGAAAUUAAGCAAGCUAUUAUUGAAAAAUCUACCGGUAAAACAGAUGAUGUUGAUGAUGAUAAUAAUAUGACAAUAAUAUCUAAAUCAACAACGGCAUCAGCUCGAUGCACUCGGUCUAUUAGUACAGAUAUUCUACAAGAGCGUGAAAUAGAAUUUACAAAAUGGAACUUUGAUGCUCUCAAGGCCUGGGGAAGAUCGCGAUUACGGUCAAUGCGUCGGCAAUCUUCAGAUAUUGAUAAAAAUGUUAAAAUAAAUAGUAAUUUUAUUGUUAAUACUGAUGAAAUUAAUAAUCACGAUGAUAAAGAUUUAGUUAAUAAAGCUAAAUGUGAGUUAGAGGGAUCUCAGCAUGAAAGAAAACCAAGCUUAUCAUCGACUAGCACAAGUGGUAAUAGUGUCGUUACUUCUAAUAUUGCAUUAUCAUCGGGUAUAAUACAUACAUUUGAUAGACGCCCACGUCAGCAAUCGCAAUCACAACAACAACAGCAACAACAAAAUAAUAAUAACAAUAAUAAUCAAUAUGAUGUAAGAUUGCGUGAAAGAGCAGCACAACGACGAGAAAGAAGAAAAGGUAACAACAACCGUGACGAUCCUUUACAUUCGAGUUCUGGUAAUUGGAGUGCUUCCUCUGAAAGCGGACGAACUAGUAGUAUUGGAAGUGAAACAGCUUCAUCCAAUUUACCUGGAAGAUCAUCAAAUAUAUCUAAAUUAUUUUCGCAAAAUCAUGGACGAAGAUUAAAAGGUCGAGAUACUCCGACAUCGUCAUCAGUAACAUCAGAAGCUAGUACAUUGACACCCGAUAUAAUUCAAGAUAUAAUUCCAUUUCACGGAGAUGAUUGUGAAACAGAAGGUGAAACUUGUUCAGUGUAUUCAUGUGAUACUGAAGGUUAUUAUACAUCAUUUCAUAUGGAUUCUGGAUUAAAAACAUUACGUGAAGAAGAGUUAGCAGCUGCUGCGAUAAUUAUUAAUGGCAGUAUUAGUGCUAACAAUAGCAGUAACAAUACUUUAAAAUCUACAGAUAUAAAUCUUAAUCAAAUGUCAUUGAGUAAUCCAAAUGCUAUUGUUGAAAAUGAAUAUGAAUUAUUUGGACGUGGUUCUACAUCUACAACUACUAGUUCUGCUGGUACUGUUUGUACAACUUUAAUGGCAGCUGCUCCUCCUGCACCACCUGAAAGAAAGUCUAGUUUAACUGUUGUUGCAAUGGUUCACGGACAAAAUGGUGGAGGUAAUUCACCAGACAGUGGGCAUAAUACAUGUUCAUCUCCAGUGGAAUCAGCUUCAAGUCCAGCUUGUUGUACUGUACGUUCAUGUUCUGAAUUAGAAUAUUCUGAAUCUAGUGAUCUUGAAGGUUAUGAUCGAAUUGAACGCAUACGUUCUAAAACUGCAAUAAGUACAAAUCGUAUUCCGUCCAUGUGUGUAAUAACUCCCUCUGGCUCAGACGAUGAACAAGGACAACCACAACAACAACAUCAACAACAACAACAGUCACCAACAAAAAAAAUAGAAUCUGAUGAUUCAGUGUCAGCAAUAUCAUCUAAAGUAUCAAAUACAAGUGUAGUUGCUGAUAGAAUUGAAAUGAAAACUUGUCAUGAUUCUGGCGACUAUGUAACCAUAGCCGAUGUUAGAAAUAAUAACGACAAGUUUCGACAACCAGAUAUCAGUCAAGUUUACGCUAAUAUUAAAAGUAAAAGCUCUUUGACAAAUAUUCCACAACAACAACAACAACAACAACAACAGCAGCAGAAAAACUUGCGAUACGAACCAGAAUCAGCAGAAUACGUUAGUCUAAGUGACUUACCAAAGAAAUCUGAUUGUUCGUUGGAAAGAAAAAGACGACAAGGUGCUCGAGUUGUUCUUGAUUAUCAAGGAAAAGUAAUUUAUUCAUCGGAUAGUCUUAAAAGACGAAAAGAAUCACAUACUACAUUUAAUCCAGGUCCAUUCGUUAAAAAAUCAUCACCAAUAGUCGCCGCACUAAAACGAACAGAAAAAGUUAAUUCAGAGUCUUUGCGAGAUGUUUUUAAACCUCGAGCUUUUGUGAAUUUAGCUCAGCAGCAACAACAACAACAACAACAACAACAACAACAACAACAACAACAACAACAACAACAACGACGAGAUAUACCACUGACAAGUGAUAAUGUUGGAGUAGCAAAAGCAGUUGAGGAGGAAGAUACUAAUUGGAUGUGUGGAGGAGAUGAAAUUGAUGGUUAUUCAGCAUCAUUACAAAAUGAAAAUAUUUGUAAAGAAAAUUUAUCAGCGAAAAAUAAAAUACAGUGUAAUGAUACGUUAUUGUUAGAUGGGCCAUCAGCAAAUAAGAUAAAAUAUACAUCUUCAUCAUCAUUAUCAUCAUCACUGUCACCAUUAAAUUCAAUUUCAUUGUAUAAUCGACCUGUACAAUGUAUUACCCCAGAUAUAACACGACACUUUGGCAAUAAUCAAGUACAUAACUCUCAAUUUCAAUCACAAAAUGCUAAAAAUAAUAUAUUAGAUAACAAGAGUUAUGUAAAUCGGCAAUUAAAUUAUCCAAAUCAGCGAUGUUUAAUGCCAUUAAAUUUGAAUACAUAUGGUGAUAAAAAUCAAAUAAUAACUUCAUCUCCAUUAUCUCAAAAGUUGAAAGAAAAUCAUCCACAGCAUAAAAUGAUAAAAAAUCGUCUGGAUCAUCCAGAAUUUUUGUACGACUCAACACUAUCACCUAUAACAACUUCUACUUGUUGUUCUUCUACUUCUUCUUCCUCUUCAUCAAUAAAUAGUUUAGUUAAAAGCUCUACAACUAUGUCUAAUGAUGAAUUAUUUACUGCUAUUUAUAAAUCUAAACGAAAAUUAAAUAUUAAAAAUGACAAUGAAAUAGCUGCCGGAACAAUUGAUGAUUCAUUAAUACGAAUAAGUAACAAUGUACCUGAUAAUAAUAAAAUUGGUACACGACACAGUUGGAGUCCAGAAUCUCAAAGUAGUAUUAAAUUACAACCAAGUUGCAUUAAUGAAGAGAUGUCACCAAGAAAUACUAAGGCGACUGCGGCAAUGACACGACUUGAUUUUAAAAGACUGCUAUUACAACAAAGUACAAAAAACCGAUCAAGUAGACUGUCAGCUGCAGAACAAUUAAAAUUAUCGAAUCCAUCACGAGAAGGUGGAGGACAGAUAACUUAUAAUAAUAAUAAUAACAACAACAUCAACAACAUCAACAAUAAACAAAAAAACUCUACUAGUAUAUCAAAUUGGAAAAGUUCUAAUACUUGUUCACUAAUUAAAUCACCAUCUAAUCAACGACCAAAUAUUAUUGGAUCAUAUUUAUCACGCAAUCAGCAAAGAAUAACUUCUUCAAGUCCUUAUAUUAAUAAACAUGAACCUCUUAGUCCACAACGUUCGAUUUGGAAAUUCCAAACACCACGAAGCAAUAUAUUAUCUUGUACAAUUAUUGAAGAAGUUGCUGCUGAAGAGACUGCCGUAGAACAAUUUUCAGAACCACUUUCAUCUUUGCCUUCGUUAUCAUCAUCAUCAUCAUCAUCUUUAUUAUACUCAUUGAUAACAACAACAACAGCGGCGGCAGCAGCAGCAACAACAACAACAACAACAAUCACGACAACGACAACAACAACAAUACCGACAGUUAAUGAUAAUCAUAUAAUUAUUACAAAAAAACAAUUAAAUUUAGGUGAUUCAAAUCUUAGAUCAGCACAUUUUGAAGCUGAAUCAUUAAAAAAACGCAAUAAUCAAUUAAAAGCUCAAUUUUUGUCAAAUAAUCCAGUUGAUAAUCAUUUUAUAUUUGAUGAUAACAAUAGUAUAACUCGUUCAGAAUCUCCCAUCACAGGGAGCUAUUUAAAUGAGACUGCAAUUCCAACAACAACAAUGUCAGUUAUUGUUAAUAGUAAUAAUGCUGUGUCUCAAGGUACAAGUGCUCCAACUCUUGAAACAGCAUUGUAAUUAUUAUUAAAAUAUAAUGAUAUUUUAUUAUAUAAAUAUUUCUCAAGCUUACAAUGAUUACAAUUUAUAGUAUUUUUUUUUAAUUGCAUAAUUAACGCUACAUUAAAAGUGAAAAUUUACCUCAUUAAAAUAUAGGAAAAUAAAAUUAAAUAUUUUAUAAAAUACUUAUUGAAGAUUUAGGUGAAC